UUGUUUAUGUGGCCCAACGUUUCGGCAGAGUAAGAGCUAUACAGUGGCAAAAAGUUUGUCGGCCUUUAAAAUUAAAAAAAAAUGGAUAAGGGGAGGUUAACUUUGAAUGACGUUGGGGUUAAUGAAGUGUUCUACCUCGACCCACUGACUGAUCGCAUUACCACCCGGACUGCAGAAUCUCUUCAAAAUGAUUUCUUUGAAAUACAUCAAUUAGUGGGUCAGAUAUGGACAGAUAGCACUAAUGUAAAAAGAGAUUUUACAUUCGGGUACACGUGGUUGACUAGUGACGAGAGGAAGAACAAAAUGAUAAAAGAUAAAGCGAAAGUAAGAAAAACCUUGAACCACUCGGAAAAUCAUCAACAUGGCUGUUCGUACGGAGAUGAUAUGAUCCCUGGCUGCUCCGCUAAUCUGGAAAAUCUUGUCCGGUUACCACUAUUCUCAUCUGAUGCGUAUACCGGGUUACAGACUCGGCAUCGGGCAAGACGUCUUAAGAAAGAUGAUAAAGGCUCGAUUAUGCCGGAAAACGGGGAACGGUUCAUCGCAGCAGACGGCACGCGAGACAAGUUAGAUGCUAUUAUAAUGUCGUUCAUUACGGAGACUAGAGCACAGAUGAUUAGUCCCAACGUGAUUCCUUUACCCCCACUAACUUCAGAGGAAAAGGAAAACUCGAUUCCUGCCACUGUUCUUAAGUCGACUCGUCUCAGAUUGUAUUGUCAUUACGAUAAAUGUAAUUAUGUGACGGUGUCCAAGGCUGAAUUGACAGCACAUAUUAACGUGCACAAAGGAAUAAAACUUUUCGUUUGCGGAACAUGCAAAAAACGAUUUUCCCGGAAUGGGAACCUUAAAGUCCACACACAAAAAGGAUGCGAGGAUCGCCGCUUCACCCAGAUAAAGACUCCCGUCAAACAAGUGAACUCUAAUAGACGAGCACUCCUACCGACGUCUGAUUUGAGAGGACACGAAGGUGAGGUUAACAAUGGAUCAACGUCAACUACUUCGACUGGAAAGACAGAAACCGCUGCUAGUAGCAAACGUCCUGCUCUUGUCGCGAUACACACACCAAAUCUGAAGCAACAGAAACUCAUUUUCCCCGUUAUCAAGAAAAAUUAGUCUACUUUCUCAGUUAAAAGUAAAUGGUGUAACAUUGGGUGGUUAAUUAACCUAUAGAUAGCCCUGUUGUAACAAAGUGUAGAGUAUAGAAUGGUUAUUAAACCGUGUACAUUUUGAUUAACCCAAAUGCAUCGAAUAUAUGUAACAUGUAGUAUU